CUGGAUAAGAGCGCAUCAGGCCACCAGUACAACGGAAGCUCCAAAGAUGCCCAUGAUGGAGGGAGAGGAACAGGAGGACGAAUCCCCUGAACUGUCUCAAGAUAGACAGAAGAGCAGGCUUCGUAUUUGCCGACGCUACAUCCCGCUUUGGAUACUUUUGGUGUUAUUGAGUGGAGCUGGAGUAAUCACGUGGUAUUUCUUAGUUUACCGACCACAGCAUCUGGAGACAACUCACCUGCAAUUCUACUCAGGCAGCCUGAAGGUCCUCAACCAGCAGUAUUCCCUGGAUCAUGGACGUAUGGAAUCCAGAACCUUUUGGACAGAAACAGCAAAGGCAAAGAAGAUGCUGAAAGAUCUUAUCCAUGCUACUGACCUGGCUCAUUACUACAACUCCAGUACAGUCUAUGCCUUUGGGGAGGGAUCUCUGACAUGCUUCUUCUGGUUCGCCCUUCAAGUCCCAAAAAGCCAGCAGGAAGAGAUGACUGCAGAGAAAGUGAAAGUCACACUCUUUAAAGAGCUGCUGACCAGUCUCAAUAGAACAGGCCGCCUUUCCUAUCAGGCAGAAUACAAGCUCGACCCCGGAUCCUUGGUUCUGCUAGAGUCCAGUGUGAGAGACGUAAUAGUGCUGAAAUCCACAUUGGUGGCCCUCCCUCAGCUCUGCAGUUGGUUUUGUCUCCUCUACUCAGGCUGCUACAGGUACAGCUACAUCCGAGAAGAUGCCAUCCUCAAGCUGAAGGGCCCAGACUACCUCGCCUCCAGCUGUCUUUGGCACCUCCAUGGCCCCAAAGGCUACAUGAUCAAGAUACGCCUGGAAUGGACUCUUUCUGAAUGCCGGGACCGACUGGUCAUGUAUGACGCAGCUGGACCAUUAGAGAAGCGGCUCAUCACUUCGCUCUAUGGCUGCAGCCGUCAGGAGCCUGUAGUAGAGGUGCUGUCUUCAGGUCCCGUCAUGUCUGUGGUGUGGAAGAAGGGGAUGUACAGUUACUACGAUCCUUUCAUCCUUUCUGCCCAGGCUGUGCCCUUGGAAGCCUGCCAGAUGACUCUAACGCUGCGUGGGACCUGGGAGCUGCAAGGGAGCAUCAAAACUCCAUACUACCCCAGUUAUUAUGCCCCCAACACGCAGUGCACUUGGCACAUGACGGUCCCAUCUCUGGAAUAUGGUGUUGUCCUUUGGUUUGAUGCUUACACUCUCAGGAGACAGAAAUAUGACCUCCCAUGCACUCAAGGGCAAUGGACCAUCCAGAACCGAAAGCUGUGUGGCCUGCGGACUUUGCAGGCCUACGCUGAAAGGAUCCCAGUGGUGUCCAGCGCUGGUGUCACCAUCAACUUCACCUCUCAGAUCUCCUUAACUGGGCCCGGAGUGCAGGCUGCUUACAGCCUCUUUAACCAGUCAGAUCCAUGCCCCAGAGAGUUCCUUUGCUCUGUCAAUGGGCUGUGUGUGCCAGCAUGUGAUGGGAUCAAAGAUUGCCCCAAUGGACUAGAUGAAAGAAAUUGCGUAUGCCCUGCAACAUUCCAGUGCCAGGAAGACAGCACCUGCAUCGAGUUCUCCAAGGUUUGUGAUAAACAUCUGGAUUGCAUCAAUGGAAGUGACGAAGAGCAGUGCACUGGAGGUAUUCCCUGUGGACUUUUCACUUACCGGUGCACUGAUGGGAGCUGCGUGAAGAAGCCGAACCCUCAGUGUGACUCAGUCCCUGACUGCAAGGAUCGGUCUGAUGAGAUGCACUGUGACUGUGGAGUGCAAGACGCCCCAACAAACCGAAUUGUGGGUGGCUCGCAUUCGGUGGAGGGAGAGUGGCCGUGGCAAGCCAGCCUGCAGGUUCGUGGGCACCAUAUUUGUGGGGGAACCCUGAUUGCAGAUCGCUGGGUGAUCGCUGCUGCUCACUGCUUCCAGGAAGAGAGACAGGCGUCCCCCACGGCCUGGACCGUCUACCUGGGGAAGCACCUUCUGAAUGUCAGCACCCACAAUGCGGUUUCCUUCAAAGUGAGCCGCAUCUUGCAGCACCCCUACUACGAGGAGGACAGCCAUGACUAUGACGUGGCAUUGCUGCAGCUCGACCACCCAGUCAUCUACUCAGCCUUCAUCCAACCCAUCUGCCUGCCUGCCAGCUCCCACCUCUUUGAGCCCGGCCUCCUGUGCUGGAUCACUGGCUGGGGUGCUACCAAGGAAGGAGGCACCACCAGUAAGAUCUUGCAAAAAGCCGAUGUACAGCUAGUGCAGCAAGACAUCUGCAAUGAGGCCUAUCACUACCAGGUCACUCCCAGAAUGCUGUGCGCCGGAUACCAUGAUGGGCAGAAGGACUCUUGUCAGGGUGACUCUGGGGGCCCUCUUUCCUGCCAGGAGCCCAGCGGCAGGUGGUUCCUCGCAGGUGUGGUGAGCUGGGGAAUGGGAUGCGCCCGCCCCAAUAACUUUGGCGUCUACACCAGAAUCACCAGUGUCAUGCAAUGGAUGAAGCAUACGAUGUUGAUGUGAACAACGUAAAACCUGGCCUUGGUCCCACGAGGCUCACAGGCUGACUGGAGGAGCCACUUCCUGUCUUCACCAUGCAUCUCCAGUGUCCUACAUUGCAGGGAUCUCCCACAUCUGGUCCAAGGCCCACCUGGUACUGGGGCAUGGCCUGCCCAGGACAUUUCCAUGUAUAACAGAAGGAAUCUUAGACUCAUUAAGGGAAGAUGGGACAGAUUGUCUUGCAUGAAAGCCAAUGUGGGAUGUCCCUCACAAUCAGGGACAACUGAAAGGUGUGGUUCCCUGCCUGCAAAGGCAGUGAUUGUGGUUUGCUUUUUUAAAGUAAACUAAGAUGGUUAAA